AAACCCAGAUCCCAUCAGUGAAUUUCCCGAAAUAUCGUAAUGAUGGUUCAUUGUUGACAUCAGGAAAGUUCUGAAGUUGUUGUAAAGAAAGCUGUCCCUUUAGUGCAUAUGACGAGGCUACACAGAGAGCAGGCUGUAGGAUAGUAGUAUAAAGAUAUGGCUGGAGAUAAAAUGGUGUUUCAGAGUAAUCAGCCAGAUAAAAUCGCCCUUCUCUAUCCAAACGUAAACGAAGUCGAAACUGUUCUUCCGAGGUCAUGGAGUCCCAAGGACAAAUUCAGCCUCAUCGGCCUAUCACAAAAUAAUCUAAGAGUUCAUUAUAAAGGUGUUGGCAAGAACCCAAAAGAUGCUGCAUCAGUUAGAUCCACCCAUUCAAUUCCUGCUGCAUGUGGAUUGUAUUAUUUUGAAAUACGAAUAAUUAGCAAGGGCAGAGAUGGAUACAUUGGCAUUGGUUUGUCAACGCAAGGGGUCAACAUGAAUAGACUUCCAGGUUGGGAGAAAAAUUCAUAUGGUUACCAUGGAGAUGAUGGCCAUUCAUUUUGCUCCUCUGGAACAGGACAGUCUUAUGGUCCAACUUUUACAACGGGAGAUGUUGUUGGGUGUGGAUUAAACUUGACUGAUAACACCUGCUUCUAUACAAAAAAUGGUGUCAAUUUAGGAAUUGCAUUUGCUGAUCUACCUAGAAAUUUGUAUCCAACUGUUGGUCUUCAAACACCAGGAGAAAUAAUUGAUGCCAACUUUGGACAACAGCCAUUUGUUUUUGACAUUGAAGAAAUGAGAAAGGAGCUACGUUCUAAAACCAUAUGCAAUAUUGAAAGCUACCCAGUUUCGUUUGAUGGUGGCAGCUGGCAAGAGACUUUGCAAAGGGUAGUUUCAACCUAUUUGGUACAUCAUGGAUAUUGUCAGACGGCAGAGGCGUUUGCAAAAAGCACUGGACAAUCAAUAACAGAGGAAAUUGCUUCAAUAAAGAACAGGCAAAGGAUACAAAAACUGGUUCUAGCAGGUCGGAUAAGCGAAGCGAUAGAAGCAACACAGUCAUUAUACCCAGGACUUUUAGAUAGGAACUUUAGCCUUCUUUUUAAAUUGAAAUGUAGACAGUUUAUAGAAAUGGUCAGUGGUUGUGACGGCGAAGUGAAGCCAUCAGCACAUAGUCCAACGAGAAGUUCAAAAUCAAGCCCAUGUGCAAGUCCAGCGAGAACUUUAAGUCAUACAAGCAUAGUAUCUAACACUUCCUCGUCAAACUUGACAACAAAUGGAUUUGAUAAAAAUGAUUUAGGCCAGCAAAAAGGCAUUGAUAUGGUCCAGGAGGUCGUUGGUAAUGGUGCACCAGUGGAUGAAGACAUGGAUAUGGACGACGUGUCAGGAAGCGUAGAAUCAGGGACCAAUGACCGACCAGGCCCCACGUCGCAGUCAACGUCUAGCCAAUCAACCUCGAAUCAGUUUCAGAAUAGUCCAUUAAGAGUUUCAAUCCACGUUGAGCCAACACCAUCUGUGAGACAUUUAUGCGGAGGAAACAUCCUAGCCAUUGAGAAACUUCUUGCAUUCGGCAAAGAACUCCAGAUUAUGAAUAAAGAAUUAGCCAAAGAACGCACUCCAAACGAGGACAAUGAUAAGAUGAUGAGGGAUGCGUUUAGUCUACUUGCCUACAACGAUCCAUGGAACAGUCCGAUUGGUUAUCAGUUACGUCCAGAAGAACGUGAACCGGUCUGUGCCGCCCUCAACAGUGCGAUUUUAGAAUCAUACAAUCUUCCUGCAAAGCCAUCUCUAGAACUAGCAGUUGGACAAAUCAAGUCAUGCUUAAAGCAGAUGUCGAAGUCUGGAUUAGGAGUGUGUGCAUUCGUUAAUGUCGAUGAUUUCAUAAAUCGCUGACUUUGAAGACAUGCAUGAUAUUUCUAGCCUUAAUAAAGCUCCAGAUCGUCCCGCACUGUAAUGCCUACCCAAAGAAUAGUGGACUUCGAUGUUUUUUAAUUUUUUCUUAAGUUAUUUUAAUUUGUAUUCUUUUAUAAUCCAAGAAACGGUCCUUUGGAAAAUAUUGUUAGAAAAAAGAAUUGCCUUUGCAAACACAUGCCUGAUGAAUUUAAAGCAUUUUCUAUAAAGAUGCAAUCUUGAGUUGACAUAUCUUAUCUGGGGACUGCCAAACAGACGUAAAAAUAUUUAGAUACAGUGUGACAAAAACCUUCCAUGAUAUCUACACAGUUCUUCACCUUUCCCUUAUUCCAUAUCUUAUUUGUAGAAAAUUCAAUUUGAACUAAAUCAUGUUAUGAAAACAAAACGAAGCCUUUUAUUGACAGUUUUGAAAGGGUUUGGUGUCGUUACAUUUAAAGAGAGUACUCGGCGACAACAUGAGAAAAGCUGACGAAAACUUUUUGGUUAUUUAAUCCAGAAAAAAGAAAAUGUUUGACCUUAAAUUUCGUGAGUAUAUUUGUACAUUUCGUUUGCCAGCAAGUUCCACAAAGCUGAUAGAAGUUUCUGUAUCUAACUUUUAAAAUGUCAUCGACAGUAUAGUCUUCUUGUCUUAAUAUUAUUGGCAUUGAAAGUCCGGUUUUUAUACCAACAACAAAAAGCUCAUUGAUGCACCGAGCUUAGUUUAUAGCAUAAAAUUAUCAGUUAUCAAUCUUAACAGAUCUCAAGCCAGUGAGAAUAGUCUGUGUAUAAUUUCAUGCUUUUAAAGCUGGCCUUUUUGUUGUUUUGUAUUUAUAUGCUCUACUGUGUUGAAGUUUGAAAAUAAAAAAUAUGUUGGCAUGUAAGUUGUUGACAAUGCCGUUAUUCAAACAUACUUUGGUGUUGUUUUA